AUGGAAGAAACAGAGAGAUGUAUGAAUGACAAGAAGAAGCAUCUACAGAGCUUUGAUUCUCCUCACAAUCCUAAGCAUGCACAAGAACUGGUGAAGGAAAUUGCUUUUCUGGACAUGCAAGUUCUGAAAAUAGAGAAAAAUCUUCUUUCAAUGUACCAGCAAACCUAUGACAACAAGGCAUUGUCCUUUGUUCCACUGGAUGAUGACUUGUCUGUUGCUUCACGACGUCGUCGAGUUGGAACAGAUGAGGAUGCUGCCAACAGAGGUAGUAGGAGUAGUAGUAGUGCCUGUGGAUCACAGGCACAGUUGUGUUCGAGUAUUCGGUAUCGUAGCCACUUGUCAUUGUCUCAGAAUGCAUCUUAUACAACUUGUGAUCAUAGAGAAACUAUUGAACCUAUGCACUCUUUCCACUCCUUGCCUUUGUCAGCACAAGAGGUUGAUGAGAAGGCGUCUGGUGUUGGCCUUGACCAUGUUAGGCAAACACCCAACAGGCUUUCUGAGGAAAUGGUCAAGUGCAUUACAACUAUAUAUUGCAGACUUGCUGAGCCCCCUUUGCUUUAUUAUGAAUCACCCGCUUCUCCUGUUUCAUUCUCCUCAUCACUGAGUGAGUCUCCUCCACAAGACAGGAGAAACUCUUCGUACAACACAUGGUAUGGCAACUCCUCCCAUCUUGAAGAUUCAGAAGAAUUAAGUGGUCCAUACUCAGCAAUGGUUGAAAUUCAAGGGAUUGAUGCUUCAAGAUUGACAGGUGUUGAACAAAUGCUGAAAAGAUUUAGGUUUGUGAUUCAGUCCUUGUUCUUACGCAAAAUACAUAUAAAUCACAUCGGUUGCAUGAUAUCAGGUCCUAUCCUCUGCACACUAUACGACAAUGAGGCCAUCCGUUGUUUACUUGAAAAGAUCUGUAUUUCUGUUAAUUCGCUUGUCUACAGGUCCCUAGUCUCUAAGUUGGAGAACGUUGAUCCAAGAAAGCUGAAACACGAGGAGAAGCUAGCUUUCUGGAUUAAUGUACACAAUGUACUAGUAAUGCAUGUCUUUUUGGUGCACGGGAUUCCACAAAAUAAUCUCAAGAGAAACUCCUUAGUUGUCGAGGCUGCUUAUAACGUUGGAGGCCACACUAUAACGGUUGACAUGAUACAAAGUUCAAUACUAGGAUGCCAAAUGCCCCGCCCUCGUCAAUGGUUCCAGUCAUUGUUGUUUCGCAAGUCAAAAUUCAAGCACGGAGAACUUGGAAAACUGUAUGCAGUAGGGUGCCCUCAACCUCUGGUAAAGUUUGCUUUAACUUCAGGAAGCUACUCUGAUCCAGUGGUUCGGGUAUACACACCGAAGAGGCUGAUGCAAGAACUUGAGAUGGCGAAACAGGAGUAUCUGCGGACUAGUUGCAAGAUAGAAAAUGGGAGAAAGAUUUUUAUACCAAAGAUUGUGGAAUCUUAUGCAAAAGAGUUGGGAUUAAGUUCAGCAGCCUUAUUUCAGAUGAUUGAGCAUUCAACAUCCUACUGUGUUCUGCAGAAUUGCAUUCAUCAGCCUCAACAAGAAAAUAAGCUGUCCCAGAAUAUUGAAUGGAUCCCACAUAACUUCAAUUUCCGGUAUUUAUUUGCACCACAAUUAGCCAAGAUGAUAUAA